AUGGCUUUGUCGCUACUACAGGACGCCCAAACAGCAAGAGGAUUAGUCGCCGUCCGUACGUUGCAAGAUAUGAACCGUGACGAAGAACGUAGCCUUUCCGUGUCACCGCCACUGACCGGACAACGUCAGCAGCAUCAUCUCGGCAUGAACCUCCACCAGCACAGUCCCUCGCUGUACGGAGGGUUCCAUCCAGCCACCGCUUCCGCCAUGGGCAUGCUCGCCCCACAACUGUUAGCCAAUCAGACGGCGGCCGCCCUGAUGGCCGCCGGGCUUCCCAUGUCCCUUCGGGCUUCCCUUGCGACGGGACUUUUCCCACCGCACGCGGCCCUUUUCGGCGCCUGGGCGCCACCGACACCGACGAGCAACAAUAGCAGCCCACCUCCCCCUCAGAGUCCGAUUUCACCCGCGCUCAGCCAUAAGAGCUCGAAGUCGCUCAAGCUCGGCUCGCUGAAUGGUAGCACCCACAACAACAACAACAAUAAUAGUAGUCACAAUAACAACAACCACAUCGUGUCGACGACGUCGGAGAUUUUGCCACGCGAGCAGAAGAAGCAGUCGAAACGGAAGUUGCAGGCCCGCACCAAGGAUCUGCAUCAUCACCACAAUCUGAUGCGAUCGCCGAGUCAUCACCACCAUCACCAUCAUCACCACUCGAUCCCGAUGGACAUUCCGAGCCACGAGACGAUGGUAAGUCCGGGACCGAUCUCUCCCCCGACGUCCGGUUCGUCCCCACAGUCGAAUGGCAGUGUGGAGUUGCCCGCCACGAUCACAACCUCUUCCUCGACGUCUUCCUCGCGCGAUCCCUCCCGCGACAAGGUGUUCACCUGCAAGAUCUGCAACCGAUCGUUCGGCUACAAGCACGUCCUGCAGAACCACGAGCGGACGCAUACGGGCGAGAAGCCGUUCGAGUGCCCCGAGUGUCACAAGCGGUUCACGCGCGAUCAUCAUCUCAAGACGCACAUGCGGCUGCAUACGGGUGAAAAGCCGUACUCCUGCACGCACUGCGACCGGCAGUUUGUACAGGUGGCGAACCUACGGCGCCAUCUACGAGUGCACACGGGCGAGAAACCGUACGAGUGCGAGAUGUGCGAGCAGAAGUUCAGCGACUCCAAUCAGCUGAAAGCGCACAUGCUGAGCCACAACGGGCAGAAGCCGUUCCACUGUGAUAGGUGCAACUCGAGCUACCGGCGGCGGCACCAUCUGCUGCAUCACAAGUGUGGCAUCACCAGCCCACCGACGCCGGCCAUCAGCCCCGCGAUGAGCGGUCUCUACGACCACAAGUCAGCGUGCGGGUCCGACGCGAGCGACAUCUCGAUGGAACUCUCCAAGUCCGACUCCUUGAUGCUGCACCAGAAGUUCCCGGGACUGACGCUGCCACUGAACUUUGGUCCACUCACCUCGUCGCCGUCGGAGCAUGGUUCGUCGGCGAUGGAUCUACGCGCCGGCAGCCGAUCACGAACUCCGCAGCAGAUCGUGCACAUCAAGUCGGAGCUACCGGAGCAGACGGAACCGGAGGACCUCAGCAUGCACUCGCCCCGCUCGCCCGUCUCGAUGGAGGAACUGGACGAGCUGGACGACGCCGCUACGCUCUACCUGAAGCAACGCCAGCAGCAGCGCCAACUCCUUCAACAGCAGCAACAGCAGCAGCAGCAGCAGCUACGCCACUCCGGCAUGGAAUCGUAA